GUUCUGUAACAUUGUUGUAAUUUAAUCUUUAUUUUCAUUCCUUGUAGAUUCAGCUUGUGUAUCGGUGUUGCCUUUGCCUCCUAAAUAAAGUUGGAAACAUACUCUGCUAUUGAGGAAAGGAUCAAGGGGAGGCAGCCAUGGCAUCACUGGCGAACAGCAGCUCCCCUUCAACAGAGUACGUUGUCAGAGUGCCCAAAAACACCAAUAAGAGGUACAGCAUUAUGGCUUUCAAUGCUGGAGACAAAGUCAACUGUUCCUCGUGGACUCAGGCACGCAUGGAGCGAGACCUUAGUAACAAGCGGAUGUACGGCGAGGAGGAGACACCAGAGGGAGCAGCCGGUAGUGAGUUCGGCAAAAAACAAAGAGAAGAGGCACGCAGGAAGAAGUUCGGAAUAGUCAGCAGGGAGUUCAAAGUGGAAGAUCAGCCGUGGAUCCUUAAAGUUAAUGGCAAAGCUGGAAAACGGUUUAAGGGGCAGAAGAAAGGAGGAGUGACCGAGAACGCAUCCUACUACAUCUUUACUCAGUGUGCUGAUGGGGCCUUCGAGGCCUUUCCUGUGCACGCCUGGUACAACUUCAUGCCAGUGGCCAAACAUCGAACCCUCACAGCAGAGGAGGCCGAGGAGGAGUGGGGCAGGAGAAACAAGGUGGUGAACCACUUCAGCAUCAUGCUUCAGCGCCGCCUGAAGGAGCAGGAGCACGGCGAGGUCGACGAGGACGAGGGUGAGAAAGGUGGGAAGAAGAAAAAGAAGAAGAAAGGUGGAAAGGGAGGCGACCUGCGCAUUCAUGACCUGGAGGACGAUCUGGAUCUGAGCAGCGACGACAGCGAUAGCAGCGGAGGGGAGGAUGGAGAAUGCAAACCAAAGGCUAAAAAGGAGACCAACGCGAAGAAGAAGAAGAAGAAAGGCAGUGACCUGGAGGGUCGGGAGGACAGUGAUGACGGUGACUUUGAGGGCCUUGAGGUGGACUACAUGUCAGAUGAGAGCAGUUCCGAGGAAGAAGAAAUAGAAAAGACGAAGCCCAAUAAAGCGGAAGAUGGUCCUAAAGGGAUCGAUGAGGCAUCAGAGAGCGAGGAGGAAAGUGAGGAAGAGACCAAGAACGAGGACGAGCCCAAAGAAGAAGAGGAAGAGGACGACGGCAAGAAGACGCCCGUACAGGCGGAGAAAAAGAAGAAAAAAGAUAGCAGCGGAGAGUCGGACACCUCUGAGGAGAGCGACAUCGAGGGAGAGACGGCCUCGGCACUGUUCAUGGCGCAGAAGAAGCGCACUCCGCCAAAACGAGGAGGUCGGGGGUCAACCGGAAGUUCCAGAGCAGGCAGUCGCCCCAGCACGCCUUCCAUCGACAACGGCGCAACCUCCAGCACCCUGCGUGCUGCCGCCAACAAACUGGAGCAAGGUAAACGCCAGGCUGCAACGACCAGUUCGGACACUCCUGCUGCUAAGAGGCUGAAGAUGGAACCGAGUUCUCAGAGCCCUUCAGGAAAGAGCACUCCACAGCCAGCAUCAGGAAAAUCCACACCUUGUUCCAGUGACGUGCAGCUGACCGAGGAGGCCGUGCGCCGCUAUCUCAUCAGGAAGCCGAUGACCACCAAGGACCUGCUGAAGAAGUUCCAGACCAAGCGCACGGGUCUGAGCAGCGAGCAGACGGUCAACGUGCUCGCACAGAUCCUCAAGAAACUCAACCCAGAGAGGAAGAACAUCAACGACAAGAUGCACUUCUACCUCACCGAGUGAAGAGGAGGGAGAGUAACCAGGUCCUCAGAUUUGUGGCUGGAUGAGUGAUGUGAAUGUUCUUUCUGAUCGAUCUCGGGGAUUUUCGAGAGCCGAAUAUGUGAAAACAAAAAAAGCAAAGUAAUAAGUCGAGUUCUUUAUGAUCCCACUUUCUCUCUGGGCUCUCAUACACUGGAUGUUUAGGUCUCAGCCUCUCUUAUACAUCCUGAUCUCAUUAAAAGGAGGGGGAGGGGGGGGGGGAGUACAUUAGCAGAUGAGCUGGGUGAGUAGUGGAAGAGCAUGAGCAGACUAGAUGUGUAUAAAUCUGUUUACACCUGCUGUUUCAUCUAUUUUGUGUCCUGCUAAGAUUUUAUUCAUAUAUUUCAUUUUGUUUGGUCAGAAUAAGAUCUGAUUGCUGCUGACCACAUUUUUGCGUGUAUUUAGGUGUAGGUAGACCAGAUGUGAACAGAUUUAUUGUAGAAUACUACAGCUCAAACACAGAGUAACGGUGAUCUCUGAGCUGGAGUGUGAACAGGGACUGAACACAGUGGCUGAACUGAUUUUUAUAGGAUGUAUUUUUAUUACAUUUUGGGUUUGUUUUAUUUUUUUUGCAGUUGAAAUAAUGGCCUCAACAUGCUGUUAUGAGACCGUAAUAAAAGAUGAUUCAUACUCAGUAAAAUAUCAGCUGAGCUUCUGUCGUAUAUGAUGUUGAAUAGCAGUUUGACAGUAUUUUGUUUGUAAUUGUCAUCUUCCAGUAAUUUGUGAACUAUGUGAAAUUUGCUCUGAAUUAAAAGCAUCUAAUUUU